UCAUACAUACUACACAUCACACAGAGGUCAGAGGGUGCCUUGACACCGGCCAUGAGAACUGAACCCGAAAAAAUCAAAUCCACUUUCCCUUUCCUCUGAAACAUUGUUUAGGGAGUAAUCAAUUAUUUUUUAAUACCAGACAGGCUAUUCAUACAUUUUAAAAAGAGCUUUAGUUCAUCAUUUGAUAUAUUUUGUCAUUAAAUUACGUAAUGUAGUUUCAUGUAAUUAGUUACUCCCCAACACUGACCAUAGUACAGUACAGUACUGUACUGCAGUGGUUCCCAACCUUUUAUUGUCUUGAGUAUCCCCUGAACAAUUUUGUCAUAACAUGAGUACCCAUCACUCAUACUUGUUGAUGAUUCUCCAAAAGUAGAACUCAAUGCAAUUUAUCAUUGAAUGAAAAAUCAUUUUAUUUUUUAUAAUCACUUGAACGUGAACCUCAGGCAUUGUCUCAAAUGAAACAUAAUUAUAUACAUAUAUAGCCUUGAAUAUAAGUCAUGUAAAUAAAACAAAUAUGAAAUGCCUCUGUUAUGUAUAACUCAUAACAUUUACUGAGUGUUAUAUGAACGCCCUCCUGAAUCCUGAGCAACUGGAUGGAUUUAAGGAAGCUUGAAAUAAUUGCUUAGUUGCAUAAGGAAGGCUGUUUUCAAACUGUUCCAGAAGGAAACACCUGACUGAGAUAGAUAGGUAGAUAGAUAGAUAGAUAGAGAUACUGCAUCCUGUGGGGGAAAUUAUAUUUACUAGGUAUAACAAAGUGUUUAAAACCUUUCCACAUGAGCCAAAUACUCGGUGUCUGCUAUAAUGAGUGAAAUGGGGGGGGAAAAGAGGACAGAUGAAACUCAUUCACUGCCAUUGACGGCUUUUGAAGUCAAAUAGCCAUGUUCCAAGUUGCGCCGCUAAACUCCUGAUAAGGUUGCUCGGCCCGCGAGUGGGAAAGCGAGCAAGUGCUCAAAUCAACAACCAGCAUCUCUCUCCUCGCAUUAAAAAAUUUAAUCCUACGAAAUAAUCCCAAAUUUUAAUAAAUGCACCAGUAUUCUUAUUACAUCUUUUUUCAGUAACAGUACUGGAUUAGUUACAUUUAAAAAAAAAAUCCUGAAUACAUAAUGCCGGUACAUGUAUUCCGUGACACCUGUCCAAGCCUGUUUCUAUGUACUCCGUGCAAUGUGCUCGCGUACCCCUGGUUUGAAAUACUGCUGUACUGGCCUCUGGAAUUUUGUAAACAAGGUCUACAGGUUGUAAUACACCCUCCUGGACACAGAAGGCGCUACCUGCGGUUUGAGUGCAAAAUGAAGCCGGGAGAGGCGAGGGAGGGAAAGAGGGAGGGAGGAAGAAUCAUCAUCGCCAGGCAGAGUCCAUACUCCAUUCCUCGCUUAACUCUCUCCUGAAGUCGGACUAGCUUCAGCAUCUGGCGUCACGUACGAGCCACGGUGCGUAUUAGCCACCUCGAACAAGUGAACGCGAGCCGGGAGUUCCCACUUUAUGGAAAGAACGGCGACAAAUAAGGUCCACACUUUGAAUUCCAAGCUGUGUUGAAUGUCCGAAGCCGUUCCCCGGAUACAUUGGCGACCAACCACCGAGCUCGAGCUGCUGUCACCCGCAAGGCCGCCGACGCACCGGGCGGGGAUUUCACUUUCUCCCAUUCCGGAUGUAUGGACGGAGCCAACGCGUAGCCGCCUAGCAGCCCGGGGUAAACUCGUCUCUGUUGGACUCGGUGUGCUGGCAACCCCCGACGCUGUCGUGGCCCGUCCGGUGGCUCAGCUGUCCAUACCCAUUAAUGGAAAAUUUGAAAUUGUAAAAGAGGGUGAGGAGGCGCUUCUUAUUGACUUCUCCCUAGUUUCUGGACUCAAGAUACGGAUAAAAGGAGAAAAAGCCCCAGAACUCUUGUUAGAACUGCAGGAUGACGAACGCACGCAGACUUUCCUCACCCAGGUGAUAAGCGCUCAACAACAAGCUCAGUUGAAUUCCACCAAGCCCAGCGUAAUGGAUCCCUUUGCACAAAUACCUCCAGGGGGAGAUCGAGUCCCCAUCCCACCUCAGAGAGGACACAAGACUGCCAAUUGUGUGGACUCUGAAGUCAACACACCCACUGUGACUGGCACACUGCCCUCCGCCCUCGACAGCAGCAUAACCACACAUCAGGCCCAGUCUCUGGCCUCAGACUUCAGCUUUGAGGAGAACUUCAAUCACACUUUGAAAGUGGAGGAAAAGAAGAACCACCAGAACAAGAUAGUUGCUUCUCGGGAUCCUCCCCCUGUUCCUCCUCUUCCUCCCCGCAAAGCGUCCUUCACUCCAUCUUAUCAGCUGCCUCCUGCUCCCCUCCCGAAAGAGAGAGCCUCCUUUCAGGCCAAAGACAACUCCACGGGUAUCACCAGACCAGAUGGUUUUAGGUCGAGCUUCGAUCGGGCGGACAGGUCUCCGUCCUGGUGCGAGAGUCCCACCACAAACACCAUGAGACAGGCCAUGUUCUCCACCCAGGCGGGACAGAGAGAAUACCUCAUCAAACACCGCCUGGGAAAGAAAGAAAACGAAUAUGUGGACAUCCAGAACUUUAGGUUCUUCAGUGGUACGUGGAACGUGAACGGGCAGUCUCCAGACAGCAGCCUUGAGUCGUGGCUCUCUUGUGACGCGGAACCUCCUGACAUGUAUGCCGUGGGUUUUCAAGAGUUGGACCUGAGCACUGAAGCGUUCUUCUACAUGGACUCAUCCAAGGAGCAACUCUGGGUGGAGGCAGUUGAAAGAGGCCUGCACCCUAAAGCACAGUACAAGAGGGUUCGCAUAAUUAGACUGGUUGGGAUGAUGCUAGUGGUCUUCAUCAAUAAGAUACACAAGAAACAUAUGAAAGAAGUGGCUGCAGAACAUGUCGGAACCGGAAUCAUGGGGAAAAUGGGGAACAAAGGAGGCGUGGCAGUGAGGUUUGUGUUCCACAACACCAGCUUCUGCAUCGUCAACUCGCAUCUUGCGGCGCACGUGGAGGACUUUGAGCGGCGCAAUCAGGACUAUAAAGACAUUUGCGCCCGCAUGACCUUCCACCUACUGGACCACCCCCCUCUUAGUAUCCACAAGCACGAUGUGGUAAUCUGGUUUGGCGAUUUAAACUAUCGCCUCUUCAUGUAUGAUGCUUCUGAGGUCAAGCAUCUCAUUUCCCAGUAUGAGCUGAAAAAGCUUCAGGAGUUUGAUCAGCUAAACAUUCAGCGGCAGACCAAACGAGCUUUCACUGACUUCAUAGAAGGAGAGAUCAACUUCAUCCCAACUUACAAAUACGAUUCCAAAACAGACAGAUGGGACUCGAGCGGGAAGUGCCGCGUUCCAGCAUGGUGUGACAGGAUCCUGUGGCGGGGCAACAAUGUCAAGCAGCUCAAGUAUCGCAGUCACAUGGAGCUGAAAACAAGCGACCACAAACCGGUUAGCUCCAUCUUCAAGAUCGGGGUGAAGGUGGUCAAUGAGCAGCGCCACAAAAAGGUGUUUGAGGAGAUUGUCCGCCACAUGGACAGAAUGGAGAACGAUUUUCUUCCCUCUGUGUCUCUGAGCCGGAGAGAGUUUGCAUUUGAGAACGUGAAGUUCCGGCAGCUCGAGAGGGAGCGUUUGCUCAUCAAGAACGACGGGCAGGUCCCUUGCCACUUCGCCUUCAUCCCCAAACUCAAUGACUCGCAGUACUGCAAGUCGUGGCUGCGUGCCGAGCCCAGCGAAGGAUUCUUGGAACCGAAUGAGACCCUGGAGAUCUACCUGGAGGUUUACGUGAGUAAAGACUCGGUCACGCUGCUCAACUCAGGCGAGGACGGCAUCGAGGACAUCCUGGUGCUCCACCUGGACCGAGGCAAGGACUACUUCAUCACCAUCUCCGGCAAUUACCUGCCCAGCUGCUUCGGCACCUCGCUGGACACCCUGUGCCGUAUGAAGAAGCCCAUCCGGGAGAUCCCCAUCACCAAACUCAUCGACUUGGGAGAGGACACCUUCACCGAGAAGGAAAAGUCCAGAAUGAACUUCCUGUCGGUGGAUGGCGCAAGCACAGAAGACAAACCUCUAAAGAUCCCCAAGGAGAUGUGGAUUCUGGUCAACCACCUCUUCACCAAGGCUUGUGAUCAGGAGGACCUGUUCCAAACGCCGGGAUUAAAGGAGGAGCUACAGAGCAUCAUUGACAGUCUGGACACCAGCAUUCCAGACGCCGUCCCUGGUUGCAACCACUCUGUGGCCGAGGCUCUGUUGAUCUUCUUAGAGGCCUUGCCCGAGCCAGUUGUGUGCUACGAGCUCUACCAACGGUGCCUGGACUGUGCUCACAACAGCCGCCUCUGCAAACAGUUGAUCGCCCAGCUGCCCCGAGCCCACCUUAAUGCGUUUCGCUACUUGAUGGGUUUCCUGAAGGAGCUGCUCAAGCACGCGCACAACAACAACCUCACAGCCAGCCUCAUCGCCACCCUCUUUGCCAGCCUCCUCAUCAGACCUCCUCCCCGUGUUGCGAGCCGACAGACGUCCCACGACCGGCAGAAAGCCAUUGGCUUUGUCUUGGGUUUCCUCAUGGCGGGAGAUGAAGAGUAGCUAAUUCAACGGUGUCUCUCCAUCGGCGCCAAAGAACGUUGUGCAACAAGUGACCCUUCAGCUUUCAUCUGGUGGAACGCAUCCACAAACUCUCAUGCGAGAGAUCCCAGAUGCCUCGUUGUGGGGAGUCCAUUAGACGUUUUAGCAGUUUUACCAAGUUGUCCUUCUCAAUGGCCGCUGUCUGGAUUUACAAGCACUUUGGAGAGGUGUGACCUGUUGUUACGCACUUUCCGAUGACCUGAAGGACCUGUUCCUUCAGAUCACACGUCCUCGUUCUCAACGGACUCAAAAUGGACACCCUAAAAGGAAGAGAGUGGUGCACAUGUUAAAACACUAUGCUUCAUUGCUAUGCUAGCAUAGCUCUCAUAGAAGUUGCAAAUUAAAUCCACCUGUAGAUGUUAGCGUUUAUUUUAGGUUCAUCCUGAAAUUUCACCCAAAAGCUCAAUCUUGCCAACUUUUGCGCAUACCACAUAUUGUGACCACCUUUCUUUCGAAAUCAUCCAUUUUACAACUGUUUAGGUUGAAGGGGUCCAUCUUCUGAUACCUGCUACAACUGUCUGUUAUGUUGUAGCUGAUGUUUAGAUGUUUGCAUUUCCACAAAGUGGAUUGAAGUUUUAAAUAGAAAUGUCCAUCAUCAUAUGACAACAUUUCAUCACGAGUGUUUGCUGUGAUCAUUGUGUGAGAAUCUUGGGAGCCUCACAUCAAGUUUGUCCUGUUCCUCUGGACUUUUCGAUUGAUGCGCCGACUUCCUGCUCAAAGGCAACAGUGCAACCUGUUGUCCUCAAGGCUGUAAAUAGCAAUUGUUUACCUUUUGGUGUGACGUCUGUUAUCGUUGGCUGUCAUGAAAGUGGUACUAUCGACACGUGUAUAUUUUCUUACCGCCUACAUUUGCUGCUCUCGCACUGUUUUCCCCUUACUGUAACUCCACGAGGCAAAAGUGACGCAGCAUAUUUGAGUGCAGCUUUUACAAUGUUUAUUGUCUCAUCACGUGAUGUGCUGUAGUUCAUAGACCAAUCAGAUCACGGGUAAUUAAACAGUGCAUAUGGGAGUGAUGGUGAGACAGAUGACAAAUGAAUGGGUUAUUCUAUUCAUUGAUACUCAUUAGUUUUUCUUUGCCUUGUGAUGCUUCAUCUUAAAUGUGAGCACAUGAUAUAACUGCUGAUGAUCAUGCUUGUAGCUUGAAAUCUGUUUUUGUUGCCGUCAGAGUUGGGAGGAAACGUCACGGUUUGGGAGAGACAUUAUUGUUCCAUUUUUUUCAUUUUUUAUUUUUUUUUAAAUGUACUCUUACUCAUGCUUUAUGAAUCCCACUUUCACGACCUCACCUGUAAUCAAAACCUCACACUCAAGUGUGUUGUAUGCUAGUGAAUUAUCUAUUUAUGGGAAUUUAUUGUGCAGCUACGUGGUCACCACCUUCUCCAAAUGAAGGUACUCGAACCAACACUUUGCAUUCAUCUUUUCAGCUUCUUUGGUACUUUUUAAUUUAUUUAACAGAAAUAAAAAACAUUUUAAGUC